AUGCCGCAUCAAACUCAUCGACGUUCUAGUACCUCGUUAGUUUUACGACGACCCAGCACUCAACACAGUACGGAUACAGCAUCCCAACUUAACCUCCUUAAAGAAGAGACGCACACCGGCGACCACUUCCUUAGUCCUGCUCAGUUGGAGGUAGUAUACAGAACUAAUAUAACUAAUGGUCUCACUGAAAGUUUUGCUGCAGAAUUGUUAAAAAAUUAUGGGCCGAAUAAACUGAGAGAGUUAAAGGGCACGAGUUACUGGAAAAUAUUUCGCCGUAACCUUUUCGGUUGGUUUCAAUGUGUUCUUUGGUGCGGUGCUAUACUUAACUUUAUCGGUUACUUCUUCUCCGACGUCAUAGACGCUGAAACUGGCGGACAUUCCGGUAACGAGUAUUUGUAUUUGGGUUGCGUUAUAACAGCAACUAUUGUUGGAACCGGCUUAUUCGGCUUUUACCAAGAAGCAAAAAACAUGGCAGUGAUGAGUGGAUUCGAGAAAAUGGUCCCACCGGAUGCGGUUGUAAUUCGUGAUGGAUUAAAGAAAAUAAUACCUAAUAGUGAUGUAGUUAUUGGUGAUAUAGUUGAGAUGACAGGCGGUGAGAUAGUUCCUGCUGAUGUUCGUAUUUUGAGCUGUACCAACUUUAUGACUGAUAUGGCUUCUUUGACCGGCGAAUCUGAAGCAAUAAAGCAUACUCCGGAGUGUACACAUAGCAAUCCAUUGGAAUCUAAAAACAUGGCCUACUUCGGCUGUCCGAUAAUAGAAGGUUCUGCCAAAGGUGUCGUGGUAGCUACAGGUGAAAUGACGCAAAUUGGAAAAAUUGCUGGACUGGUAACAGGGUUGGAAAAAGAAGAAACGCCUAUAGCAAAAGAAAUAACGCAUUUUAUAAAACUUGUUUGCGGUGUAGCUUUUACAUUCGGUCUUAUAUUCUUUUUGAUGGUCUAUUUCGUCCAAGGUAGCUGGCUUUCUGCUAUGCAAUAUAUGUUGGGUAUAAUUUUAGCGAAUGUGCCGGAAGGUUUGAUAGUUACACUUACUGUCUGUAUGACACUAUCAGCUAAACAAUUAAAGAAAAAGAACUGUCUAGCGAAAACUUUGCAAGCUGUCGAGACUUUAGGCUCAACAUCAUGUAUCUGUUCGGAUAAGACGGGUACUUUGACGGAAAAUCGAAUGACUGUUGCCCAUCUAUUCUGUAAUUUCACAAUUUAUGAUAAUAAUGAUCAUGUACACGUUUCUGAACUGCCUUAUUCUGAAUUAUGUUUGGCUGCAUCUCUUAACCUAAAAGCUGUUUUUGCUCAUGAUACUUUAGACUUGCCAAUUGAAAAAAGAAAGAUCUUAGGUGAUGCAUCAGAGUCGGCAAUAUUAAGAUAUAUGGAGCUCAAUCGCUCUGCUACACAAACACGUGAAAUGAAUCCCAAGGAAGCGGAAAUACCUUUCAGUUCCGCAUAUAAAUAUCAAGUCACUAUUCAUCGUAUGCAGGCAACUCAGAGUUAUUAUUUGAUUAUGAAAGGGGCUCCUGAGAUAGUAGUUGAGUAUUGUGCAAACGUGUUAACUGAUACCGGGCCUACUAUUCUUACUCCACAUCUAAAAAGAGAAUUAAAAGCUAAUUUUAUUAAAUUAGCCAAUAUGGGCGAGCGAGUUAUUGGAUAUUGUGGUAAUAAAUUACCCGUAGAAGCGUAUCCACUUGGUUAUAAAUUUGAUGCUCAGAAACGAAACUUUCCCGUCGAAGAUUUAACGUUUAUUGGUGCAAUAUCUAUGAUCGACCCUCCCAGAAAAGAUAUUCAGAAGUCUAUCGCUUUAUGUAGACAAGCGGGUAUAAGAGUUAUGAUGGUUACUGGAGAUCAUCCAGUUACUGCCCUGGCUAUAUCGCGCCAGUGUGGUACUAUAACGCAACCUACAGCUUAUGAUUAUGCUUUUGAGCACCAUAUUGAAUUAGCUGACGUACCUCCUUACAUAAAAGAUCAAUUUAGAGCCGCCGUUAUUACUGGUGAUGACCUUAGAAAAAUGAGUGUUAACGAUUUGAGGGCAGCAGCAAAUAAAUACGACGAAAUUACAUUCGCUCGGACCAGUCCGCAACAGAAACUUUUUAUUGUGGAAACUUUACAGUCUUUGAAACAUGUUGUAGCUGUUACCGGAGAUGGUGUUAACGAUUCCCCAGCACUGAAGAAAGCUGAUAUUGGUAUAGCAAUGGGUAUCACAGGUACAGAAGUAUCUAAGCAAGCUGCUGAUAUGAUUCUUUUGGAUGACAAUUUUGCAUCUAUUGUGUUAGGAAUAGAAGAAGGAAGACGAAUCUUCGAUAAUUUGAAGAAGACCAUCGCUUACACUCUGACAUCUAACACCCCUGAAAUGUUACCUUUCGUUCUUUACGCAAUUUUUGGAAUGCCACUGCCUAUAACAUUGAUUUUAAUUUUAGUUAUUAACGUUGGAACCGAUUUGUUGCCCGCAAUGAGCUUGGCCUAUGAAACCUCUGAAGAGGAUAUUAUGUCGAUUCCGCCACGAAAGCCGACGGAUCAUCUCGUUAAUAGAGUGUUAAUCUUCAUGGCGUAUUUUCAGGUAGGAUUAAUUCAAUUCUUCGCAGGGAUGUACGCAUAUUUUACUGUGUUCGCCUCCCAUGGAUUCUUUCCUUCCAGUUUAAUGUUUGUUCGUCGCGAUUGGGAAUCACCUUCCAUUAACGUAAGAGACACGUUAGGACGGGCGUGGUAUUAUUUUGAUCGUAAACGAGUGGAGAAGAAAGCGCAGACUGCUUAUUUCGUGGCAGUUUGUUGGACCCAGAUAUCCGACGUAAUUAUUUGUAAGACAAGGCGUAUUUCAAUAAUUAAGAAGGGUAUGAGAAAUCAUGUUCUUAACAUAAGUAUUUUAGUGAAUUUGAUUGCAGCACUUUUCGUGACUUAUUUUCCAUUGUGCCACGAAAUUUUUAAUACCGAACCACUUUUGUGGUAUGAUUUCUUUUUGGCUUUACCAUUCAUGGUGUUCAUGGUAAUUGGUGAUGAAGUUAGACGCUACAUUAUUAGAAACAAUAUAUCUAAAUGGGUGGAGAAGGAAACUUACUAUUAG